CGGUUUGAUGAGGAUUGGGUACGAAAUUAAUAGAUGGCGGUGACAGAGAGCUGCCUCAUUUCCGGGCCAAGGGAUUUGGGAUCUCUAUAAAACUGCCCCUGUCCUGGAGAUUGUCAUUCCCUCCUCUCGCCUUCUUCUCAAGCUUUGGUCACCCAGCACUCUGCCAUGUGCUCCCGCCAGGACAAGGACCAGUGCCACACACAGGAGCGCUACACCCGCCAGAGCAGCGGCUGUCACAGCUCUGGAGGUGGUGGCUGUCACAGCAGCGGCGGCGGUGGUGGCUGUCACAGCUCCGGUGGCGGCGGUGGCUGUCACAGCUCCGGUGGUGGCGGUGGAUGUCAUAGCUCCGGCGGUGGUGGCUGUCACAGCUCCGGUGGCAGCGGCGGCUGUCACAGCUCUGGCGGCUCCAGCUGCCAUGGGAAGCCUCAGGUCCAGUACCACUACCAGCAGCAGCCGCAGCAGCAGCAGCAGCAGCAGAUCCACCAGCUGCCCUCGCAGAAGAUGAAGUGAUGGAGCAUGGACCAGAGCUCUGCACACCCCAGGGCACUCAGCUGCAACCCCUCUGCAUGCCCCCACCCCGCGAAGGGCACCGAUACUGCUCCCCCACGGGGUUGCACUCAGACCAGGUGCCAGCAGCACAAUAAAGCAUGAUGUG